AUCCAAUUUGCUAUUAAAGCUAGAGUUGUAAAAGAUCAUGGUGUUUAUGUUGAACGUAUAAAAGACAUUAAAAAUAAAAACCUUUAAUACGCAAAUCAUAUGGGUACUACACAAAGAGAAGGAGAGAAGGUAAAAUGUUUGACUUACCGGAAUUAAUUUAAGUCUCCGACUCAGUCAAUAACCCUUUGACUUAAUCGAAUAGUUCAAAUGUACGAAAUUACAAUUCCACCCUCACAAUACAAACCCAUUAAUCACUUACCAAAUUACAAUACCCAAGCCCCAAAUCCAUAAUUUCACAAGAAGUGUAUAACAUUUUCCUUUUAAAAAAAAACCAGAAAUGGAAUUGAGUCGAUUUCGUUAAAGAUCAAAUUUUUACUAAACUCUUCAAUAAACCCCAUUCAUAAAGACCAAAGAAUUUCAUACAAAUUCAGAUCUGAGAUUGGUGAAGUUUCUUUCUCAGAAACCCUAAAAUCAUCAGAUCUGAGAAGAUCAGAGCUCAAUCAGACAAUCAUGGCGACUAAUUGGACUCAAUUCGCCUUCUUUCUUACGAUUACAAUGGCUUUUUUGUCACUCUGUUUCGCUGAAAUUCGAUUCUCCGAGAUGCGAAACGAGGUACGGUCAAUUGUCCCUUUAGACGAAUUUGGAUUCACACACAAGGGUCGUCUCGAGCUCAAUGUUUCGAAGAUCUCGAUUUCCGGUAAGAAUUCUGAGCCUAAUCUCGCUAAUGUCGGUUUCUUCCUCUGUACACGGGAAUCGUGGAAUCAUGUCUUCCAGCAGCUUGAAGAUGGUGAGAUCGAUUGUCCUCUCAGAUCUGAUAUGGUGAAAAAGGUUCUCACUUUCACUUCUCUCAAAACCCUAAAUGAUGGAAAUCUCGAUAUUUUGUAUAAUGAGACCGAUGCGGAUCAGUACACGCUUCUUUUCGCUAAUUGCAAUUCUGGAUCGACGGUCACGAUGAAUGUAAGGUCGGCGAUGUACAAUCUUGACGGAAAGGGCAAUGUCCGAGAUUACCUCUCCGCUGGUAAAACUGUUCUUCCUAGGGUUUACUUCCUAUUCUCGCUGUCUUACUUUAUUAUCGCUGGUCUUUGGAUUUAUGUGUUGUACAAGAAACGGCUCACUGUUUUUAGAAUCCAUUUCUUUAUGCUCGCUGUUGUAAUUCUCAAAGCUUUGAAUCUUCUUUGUGAGGCUGAAGACAAGAAGUAUAUUAAGCGUACUGGUAGUGCUCAUGGUUGGGAUGUGUUGUUUUAUAUAUUCAGUUUCUUAAAGGGUAUCACACUCUUUACAUUGAUUGUUUUGAUUGGGACUGGUUGGUCUUUCUUGAAACCUUACUUGCAAGACAAGGAAAAGAAGGUUUUGAUGAUUGUGAUUCCACUUCAGGUUGUAGCUAAUAUUGCGCAAGUUGUAAUUGAUGAGACAGGGCCAUUUGGGCAGGAUUGGUUCACUUGGAGACAGGUAUUUUUGCUCGUCGAUGUUGUUUGUUGUUGCGCGGUGUUGUUCCCUAUCGUUUGGUCGAUUAAGAACUUGCGCGAAGCUGCUAAAACUGAUGGCAAAGCUGCUGUUAAUUUGAUGAAGUUGACCCUUUUCAGACAGUAUUACAUUGUGGUUAUCUGUUACAUUUACUUCACUCGUGUUGUGUUCUUUGCUUUGGAAACUAUCACCUCUUACCGGUAUCUUUGGACUAGUGUAGUGGCUUCGGAGCUGGCCACUCUAGGUUUCUAUGUUUUUACUGGUUACAAGUUCAAGCCUGAGGCUCACAAUCCUUACUUUGUGAUUGAUGAUGAUGAAGAAGAGGCUGCCGCCGAAGCUUUGAAGCUUGAGGAUGAAUUUGAAUUGUAACUCGCCUCCAAGAUAGAAUUUUCGAUCAAUCGCAGAUGGGUCUUGCUCUAUCAGAUUAUUAUAGGCAUUAUUGAGAUACAACUGGUACUAUGUUUUUUUCUCCGUUCUAUGUUGUUGUUGACUAUAUCUUGUCUUUAAUUUUGAGUUAAUAGGAUAGCCUUCAUACUCUUGUGAAACUCUGUGAAUUGGAUAGUGCUGUGCUUAUGUUUGUGAAUUGGAUAGUAUGUACAAGUAGAAGUAGUGAGAUACUGAAUAAUUGGAAUUCAUUUUUGUGAUAAAUAUAUGCUUUUUUUCACCUGAA